AUGAGAACGAGCGAUGACAAUAUCGAUUCUGGUUCCCAGGGUCGCAUGGCCUCGUUCGAUGAUGCCCUUGCUGCAUUCGCUCAGUUCAUCUGUCUACGACUGGCCGUCAAUCGCUGCCUCGUCUCCUGUUUCGAUCGCAAUCGCCAAUACGUCCUCGCCGAGGCUACACCCACCCUCUCCCUAGAGACACCCAUGUCCGACGACCAGAAGGAAGAACUUUGGCUAGGCUCGGGUGUACGCCAUCGAAAUUCCAUGCUAUGCGAGCGCACCCUCGAGCUCGCAGAGAAAAAACACGACACCGAGCAUGACGGCGUCGUUGUGUUACCCGAUAUUGCAAGGGAUGAUUGGUACAAGAGCCGUGCAUCACAUAUUUCGCUACCUUCGGACGUCCAAUUCUAUGCUGGAACCGCUAUUCGCAGUCCUCAUGGUCCUGUCAUCGGCGUAGUCUCUGUAUUCGAUGACAAUCCCCGACACACCAUGUCGGAUGCAGACAAGACAUUCCUCCGACACAUGUCAAACACCAUCAUGUCACACCUUGAGAUGGUCAGGUCCACAGAAGAGCAUCGACGAACUUCGCAAAUGGUCAUAGGUCUUGGUUCUUUCGUCGAAGGCAAGGACCACGUUGACCAGGAGUUACACUCAAAAGAGGUUGGCGCCAGCAAAGACAUAGAGCACCAGAGCAUGCCACCGAAGCCGCCUGGAGCUGCUACAUCCAGAGCCCCCGAGAUGACACAUUCCGAGGAGAACCCCCCUCUACCUACCGAGCACGUGGCGAAGAAGGCUGACGAAGCCCCCUCCUUUGAGAAUCUCCAGGCGCAAAUGUUGUCGACUGAUGUCAAGUCUACGUUCAACCGAGCAGCCCGCAUCAUCAAAGACGCCAUUGAUGUUGAGGGUGUCGUGUUUCUCGAUGCUUCAGUGGGAAGCUUCGGCGCUCUUGUCCAGUCUGUACCUGCAGUUGAGGACGACAUGAUGUCUUACUUUUCUCGUACUGCGGCAUCUCACAAGCAGUGCAAUAUUCUGGGAAGUGCUGGUCACGAUAUACCUGGCUUCUCCAUGACCGAAGGCUUUCUACACUCUCUUUUGACCCGAUACGCACAAGGAAGGAUUUUCAACAUUGAUCCCAAGGAACCCACGCUACAGAUGACGAACCCCAAAACUCCUGGAGAAGGCGAGAACUUCGGCCAACAAGUAGAGCCAAAGGAAGAACAGCACUCGGACGAUGAAACACGAGAGCAAGUGCGCCAACAAAGACAGGACGAUCUUGCAGAACUCAGGCGUACAUUCCCACACGCUCGGUCAUUAGCAUUCAUUCCAAUGUGGGAUGACCAUCGCAUGCGUUGGUUUUGUGGUGGCAUAAUUUGGACAAACCGAGCAAUACGUCUGCUUCACAAAGACUCGGAGCUGAGCUUCCUUCGCGCCUUUGGCAUGUCAAUCAUGUCUGAAGUCGCCAAACUCGACACUGCAAUGGCAGAUAGAGCCAAGUCAGACCUUCUCAAUAGCAUCUCGCAUGAACUCAGAUCACCCCUGCACGGCAUUCUUGGCAGCAUUGAGUGCUUGGAAUCCUCUGCUCUUGACGCCAUGCAACACGGCCUGGUUGAGACCAUCGACACCUGUGGGCGAACCCUCUUAGAUACCAUUGAUCAUCUUCUCGACUUCAGCAAGAUCAACAAUUUCACACGCAACAAGGCAAAGCGACAAAAUAACACGUUCACUAGAGAAGAAGACAUGCUCAGCCUUGACUCUCUGAUACAUGUACCUACAAUCACAGAAGAGGCUUUCGAAACUGUCUUCGCAGGAUACUCCUCUCUCGCAAGUUUAGGCGUGGACUCUGGCGCUGGUCAGUCUAUGCAUACCGAGCUUGCCGUCAGUCACGAUGUCAAACUUAUUGUUGACAUUGAGGCAAGAGAUCAUGAGAGCUGGGUGCUCUGUACCGAAGGUGGAGCAUGGAAGCGUCUAGUCAUGAACUUGACUGGCAACAGCUUGAAGUACACGAAAGACGGCUUCAUCUACGUCAAGCUCACUUCCCAAGAGUUGCCGAGGAACAGCGAAGGCUUGAAAAGUAGUCGCAUCACGUUGACGGUAAAGGACACAGGAAGGGGCAUAUCUCAGGAGUACCUGCAAAACCAAUUGUUCAGACCCUUCGCCCAAGAGGACCCAUUACACCCUGGAACGGGACUGGGUCUUUCGAUGGUCAGGCACAUUGUCAGCAAUCUCGGCGGCGAGAUCUCUGUCGAAUCAGAGCUGAACAAAGGCACCGAAAUUCGUGUUCAAGUCAUCAUGCUAGAUCUAUCAGCAUCUAUCGACGCGAAUGAAAAAGCUCGUGAGAUGGUCGAGGCGGCCAAGAAACUACGAGGGCUCAGAGUUGCAUUCAUCGAUCCACCGAUCUCCUGUGAUGGCGAGACUUCAGCUCAACGAUUACUACGAAGAGCUCUUGACAAGCAAUGUUGGGGCUGGUUCAAGAUUGACUUCACUACAGUCAGCGAAGUUGGUGAAGUCGGUGACGCGGCGGUGGUGCUCACGACGUGUCGAAAACUGCCAGAGAUCAAGGAGCAAUUGGUCAAGCUCAACAGGCCAGUCAUAGUUCUGUGUGAAAGCAAUGCACGGAUUCGACAAGUAUACGCCGAAGGCGCAAUCUUGAGGCGAACCGUCACUACGGAUUUCAUCGCGCAGCCUCUAGGGCCACGCAAACUGGCACGCGCCUUCAUUGCUUGCAAGGAUCGAAAACCCUCGAAUUUGGAGGAAAUUAUCCUUCACAGAGAAACAGAACUCAGCACGCUCCCGGUGCAUGAGGUAAAAGAUGACCACGACAAGAAAAUGUCAGGAAUCCACGAUUCGGUGCCUUCGCAAGCAAAACAGAGCCAAAGUAAGACCAAGGAUGAGUCGAAGGCAUCGACAGAACACGAAACGGGACCGAAAGCUCUACGUCUGCUCCUUGUGGACGACAACAAGAUCAACCUACAGCUUCUGGUUCGUUACUGCAAGUCUAAGAAACACGACUACGUAACAGCCGAAGAUGGCGUCGAAGCAGUAGAAGCAUUCUCAACAAACCAACAAGAUGUAACGACUAGAUUCAAUUUCAUAUGCAUGGAUAUCUCCAUGCCACGAAUGGACGGGUUGGAAGCUACAAGAAGAAUACGCUCAGUCGAACAGAAGAAUGGACUGGAAGCAAGUAAGAUCAUCGCGUUGACAGGAUUGGCGAGUGCAGAAGCACAGCAGGAAGCCUUUUCAUCCGGGGUUGAUCAGUUCAUGACGAAACCUGUUCGACUAAAAGAAUUGGGCGAGGUAUUGGCGGGACGAAAGUAG